AAAAACACGUAAGCAUUGUAGCUAAAGUAUUGUAGCUAGAUAUCAAUACAGUACAUACCUGCAUUCCUGCAUUUUUAAUUUCACUUUAUAUUAUGUACCUAUUUAUAGUUUACUGCCCAUAUAAAUUCCUUUCUCUAUUCCACACUCAAUAAAACUCGCUAAUUUCAUGUAAACUGCCUAUUACGCAAACAUUAAUUUAGUUUUAGCACGAGUGUUCCUAUUUGAAAUGGAAUCAUGGUUACAAGCAAGAUCUGUGUAAUAACCGUGCUGCUAUCGCUCCACGCAGCGAACUCCUACAUACUCCUGACUGCAAAUGUCGAAGACAUGCACUCCUUAGCGAAGCAGAUCGCCGCCUCCCCAGUGGGCAACCAGCUCAACAAGAUCUUGAACCGAGCAUCCGCCAUCUUCAACCAGCACUUCAGCAAAGGAUCGAAGCCUCAGAUGCGAAGUAACCCCAACUUGGAGAGUGAAGAGAGUGAUGGGCAGGAUCAGAAGACGAUGGAAAAAGAUGAAGUUAAAGGGACGGAAGAUGAUGUUGAAGUUUGGAAGCCUAAUAACAAGGUAAUGACGGCAGAACUAAAUGGGCAGCCUUCAGACUCAUCGAGCGAGUUGUCAGCCGAAGCCAACGCCGUUCAACAAGCGGUGAAGGUCGGGAGGCGCCACCAGCCAGGACCGGACCUCAUCGAGCUGGGCAGGAACGCCAGCUUCUACCUCAGCUCCAUCAAGAAGAUCUUUGAAAACGUCUAAAUGAGAAUAAAGGUCUUGAAAUUGA